AUGCCAUAAGAAAAUUGUGUAGUUUGCGGGAAAAGAUAAGAUGGUUUAUACGAAUUGCUGCCUCAUUUCAGAUCGAGACAGUCUUGCAGGUACAUUCACAAGAUGUGUCUGCUGUUAUUUAGUUCUGAUUGGAAUCAUCGAGUUGCUGUGAAUGAGCGAUUGUAUUACAAUGAAUAUCGGAAAGAGUGUUCAGUGUGUGGGAGGAGAAGCAAGCAAUAGGUGGUCAGAUGUGCACACAGGUAUAAACUUUAAUUAUGAAAUGCAGUUAAUGUAGAAAGAGAUUUCAUUUGGAGUGCUUAAGGAAUGCUGUAAUUAAGACGAAUUCAAAUACAAGGGAUUAUUAUCCGAGACUGGACGCAUAUUGUUAAGAGCAUUCUCUCGAUUUAAUUAAAACUAGCAAUUUGGAGGAGUGUGUAGAAUCCAUUUUUAAUGAACAUCUAUCAAAUUAGGAAUAAGAACCUGGUUAGAUUUAAAAGAAGAAACACAAGAAAAAGCAUAAGAAGAAACGUUCUCGAUCAAGAUCAAGAUCUCAUAAGAAAUCAGGACGCCGAUCGAGUAGCUAAUGCAGAUUUAGUGAUAGUCAAAGUUCGAAAUCAUCAAAAUCAUAACCCAAAAAUCACUCUCAUCCAAAAAAAGACAGUUUGUUAGUUAUACCUGAAAGCAAGAUUACUGAUUUCAUGAUAUAAAAAGUCAAAAUUCUAACACAAGGACCUUUGCUAGAAAAAGAGGAGUCUAUUGUUGAACCUCUGCCAAUACUUCAGCCUAUCCCCCAACCGAUUAUUGUGUAGAAAGAGGUUGAAAAACAGAAGAUUUAUCCCCAAAUUCAAAGACCUAUUGUUGAAGAUCCUGAAUUCCCCUACACCGAAAGAGAAAACAAGAGAGAUCAAUCCAUUCUGAAGUGGUGGGAUAAAAUUGAGGAAAUCUACUUCAAAGGGGAAGAGAAACUACCAAUUACCAAAAUCGAAGAAUUCCAGAAUCCUUUCGAAUGGUCCAAUCAAGGAAUGGAUGAAGACUUGCUCAAUUAUGCCGAUCAGAUGAAUAUUGGUAUUCACUCUCAUCCUCAUUAUUAUUAUUAGAACCUAUCAUACAGUUGAGAUUUCAAUGCAGAGGAAGCAUAAAUGUUGUAAUUAGAUGUUCAAAAACUCAGUAUUAGUACACUAAUUGUAAAAUCUUUUAGUUUCAUUCGAUAUAGUUUUACCGAGCAUGUAGGCAAAGCAACACCCAAAGGAUUGUUGAGGACCAACAUACAAUUGUAUAGAUAUUUAUAAGAGACAGUUGACAUUCCUACAUAUUCUGAUAAGGAAAUAGUUGGCAAAGAUCUAAUUUAUUUAGAGGGUUGCGAAUUAUCUAAAUAGGAAUAUUAGGAUUGCUUUGAAUUAGAACAGCAAAUCAAAGAAGUCUACACUAAAUUGGAAUCUCAAUUAGACAUUGAGAGUGACACAAUCCAAUAAUUCGAUAUUGUCUAUCAUAUCUUGAAUAAAGAACUCACAUCUGUAGUUAAAUAAAACAAUCAAUUCCGAGAUUAAAUCAAUUCCCAAAUCACUGAUUACAAUUUCAAAAUAUUGAACACCGAAUAACAACUAUUAAUUGAUUUGUUGAGGUGGUCUCAAAUAGUCAAAGCCUUCAUAAAUGGGUACAAAGACAAAAAUGCAGAUGUUUUGAACUCCUUCUUUCCUUGCUAAUUAACUUUGACAUCCCAAUCCUCCCAAAAAGCUUAGUAAAAGAAGAAGAAAAUCCACUCCAAGGAAAAUACACAACCUUUAGAUACAGACUGCAAAAUCUGUUUUGAUUACCAUUACACAGAUUUUAAUCCUGUCAUCUAUUGCGGAAAGUGCUCCACAUCCUUCCAUAAGAAUUGUUAUGGUUUGACUGGAUCUCUUGACGAAGAUGAUGUUAUUUGUGAUGGAUGCUAUUAUGAGUCUUCUAAGGUGUAUUAAUUCAGAAGAGGUAUAUUAUACAUCAUUAUAAGGUGCUGCAAAAUGUAGAAUAUGUAAAAAAUUAGGAUUGCCGCAAAAGUAUAUAAGAAGCUCAUUUUAUCAUGUUUCUUGUUUACUUUUAACCAACUAAGUCAUUCUCUCAGAUGGUGCCUAUGAUGUUAGAUAUAGAAAGAAUGAUAUCAAGCAAUUUUGCAAAGAUAACGAAUCAAGUACUCCUCAAUGUGCUGUUUGUGGAGAUUCUAAAGGUUAAAUAUCGAUUGAAUCCCAGGGUUUCGUUUUUUGUGUUCUGGCGGGGAAACCAUUCCGUGCAAGCAUGCCUUCCAUCCCAUUUGUGCUUAUCUACAUGGCUUAACCAUUGACAUCGAAAGCGAGGAUCUAGAACAGUGUUGCAAAGAACUAAGGUUUGCUCAGCUAAAUGUGCAUAUCAAGUGUGUCUUACAUUGUAAUAAAACAUUGUAAGAACUCAUACAGUAGACUUACUACAGGUAUUGAUGAGUGAGCUUAUUUUUCUAGGAGAUUUGCACUGAAUUAUGAGCAAACAGCCAAAUGUGGAGGCGAAGCCGUGUUCAUCGAAGACUUCAAGAAAACUAAAGGAUAUAAGUAAGAUAUUUAAGCAAACUCUUAAGAUAUCUCUCACUAAAGUUACCCAUUUCAAGAAAUGACAAUUUAUAAUAAUUUAUUAAUUAAAAUGGUACACCAACCCAACAGAUGUGA